UGUGGUGCUGCCGACAGCGGGUGGCAGGCGGUGGGGCUGGGCUGCUCUGAAGGGCUUUUUGUUUGCCGUCAGUUGCUGUUAUAAAUCAAGCCAGGCAGCCCAGCCCCAGCCCAGCACUGCCCCACGGCAGGGAGGUGACCAGUUCCCAGCUGCCUACAACAGAGCCCCACCAAGCCCUGGCCUGUGCCUGGCAUUGUCCUGGCCCAGUGGGGAUGUUCAGAUGACAUUGGGCAACGUGCCACACUGGUUUGCUUGCCCUUCUUCCACUCAGCAUUGGGGAACCCUGGGAUACAGGGAAUCUUUCCAUGUUCAUCCCAGACUGUGGCUCCCACAGGCUCCCCAGAGUCCCAGCUCUCCCUGGUGUUCCCAAUACUGGGAACGUCCCCUUCUCUCUGGUUUUAAUUUGGUUUUGGUUCGAAUUGAGCUGAACCCAACAUUUUUCUGUGCUUCCGGCACGCUGUGAACUCUGCAGGGGCGGCCGCUGCUCCGUGAAAUUGAUGUUCUCGUCCGCUUCACGCGUCAGCAGGAAUGAACAGCUGCUGGGGGCUGCUGGCCCCCAGGACUGCUCUGUGCACCUCUGCACCCCAGGGGGACACCAGUACUCCAGAUGGGGAGCAGCACGGGGUGGAUGGUGCUGUGGGAGAUUGUAGCACCAACCAGACCUCACAGUGAAACCGUGUCAUGCUGGAUGGUUUGGCACAGUGGAGCAGCAUAGACAAGGCUGUGCCCAGGACUCACAGUGUGGCCCUACUAAAUGAGGGGUGACAGUGACAGUGUACCCCACUCACAGGGCCAUGCCAGGCAUGGGCAAGGCUGUGUGUGGGGCUCAGCACAACCCUGGAAGAUCUUGCUGGGAAGCAGGUGGCAAAGCAGAUGGCAAUACAGGAAAGGAGAGCAACUCUAGGGCCAGACCCUGGCCAUGUACUGGGGGACACUGACCCCUCUUGAUGGCAGCAAGAUGCUCAGGAGACAUUGUUCCUGGGGAUCAUGCCAGCUCAGAGUGUCUGAGGCCAGGCUUCCCCCAGUGCCCAGCGGUCUUGCAUGGGCCAACGAGCAGCAAGGCUUGGGCAUGGUGGGGUCUGCCUGCCCCAGCACAGGCAACAGCAUAGGGAAGGUGAGGGCGAAGUGUUUAUGGGCUGGAUUAGGCCACUCCAACGCUGGCUCGCACCUUAGCCACGUUUUAUGAUGCUCCGUUAUGGGCUCCUAAUGAGGGUCACAGCCACUUUAUGGCACUGACAGCGAUAACGCUACAACUAAUUAUGGCACAAUUAGCCAAUUAGCUAGUGUGGGCUGCUGGGCACCCAGCAACGCUCAGCGCCCAGCCUGGGCCACGACAGCUGCUUGGGGCUGGAGUGCUCCCACUCCCAGCAAUCGGGAGGAAACAGGGGUGGCCUUAGCCCCUGUCCCAUCUGCUGCUCCCCACGCGUGGGGUCUGCCUGGAGAACAGCACAGGGGAGCAGCCGCGGGUGUUUUGCAGCCCCCUGCGUUCCCCACCCGCGAGGGGAGGCUGUACCGGCGGAGCCGGGACAGAGGGGGCCGGAGGCCGCCUCUCGCUGCUGGGGGGGAAAGGCCGGUGCUACCCCCGCACUUCCCCCGUCCAGCUCGGCGGCAGGUCGGUUUGCAGAGAUGCCGGAGAAGCGGGGCCGGUCCCCGUUCCCCCCUCCCGCCUCCCCAGCGCUCCGGGCGGGGCCGCUGUAACCCGAGCGCGUCCCUACAAAGUGUCCGCGCCCCCGAGGCGGCGGCAGAGCGGGGUAGGAGCCAGCCCUGAGGAGCCCCAGCCCUGCCCGCAGCCGGAGCCGUCCCGAGCCCGGAGCCAGAGCCGUCCCCGGCCCUGCCGCCAUGGGGCCACGGUCUGGGGCUCGGCGGCGCUGAGCCCGCUGUCCCCGGACUUUGCCCCGGCCCGCGCAGCGCAGGCGGCUCCGCCGCGGGAGCCCGUCACCGCCGGGUGGGACCCCCGCGCUGGGGGGGCCUGGAAGAUGCGGCCCCUCUUGCAGGUCGUGGCGGGGCUGCUGCUGGCCGUAGCUGCACGGGGCAGGGCGAUGGAGCCAGAGCUAUUUGAGAGCCCCUUGCUGGAGUCAGAAGACGAACAUCUCCUACUGGACCCAGGCAACACAUUGAAGCUGUACUGUGAUGCCAACCAGAGUGGUGCCAGUGUGGUCUGGUACAGGGAGUCCCGGCCACUGGUCUCGGGGGGUCGCAUCCAUCUCCGUCAGAGCCUGCUGGAGAUCUCAGAGGUCACCUAUGAGGACUCAGGGCUCUACGUGUGCCGGGCACAGAGAACUGGAGAGGUCCUGCGCAACUUCACCAUCUCUGUCGUGGACUCCGUGGCGUCAGGUGAUGAUGAUGAAGAUAGUGAUGGGGACAGUCCCCACGGAGACCGAAAUGAGGAGUUGGUCUAUGUGCACAGAGCUCCUUAUUGGACUCACCCCCACCGGAUGGACAAGAAGCUGUAUGCAGUGCCUGCGGGGAACACGGUGAAGUUCCGCUGCCCGGCCUCAGGCAGCCCCAGCCCCAGCAUUCGUUGGUUCAAGAAUGGGCGUGAGUUCCGAGGGGAGCACCGCAUCGGGGGCAUCCGGCUCCGGCACCAGCACUGGAGCCUGGUGAUGGAGAGUGUGGUGCCCUCUGAUCGCGGCAACUACACUUGCCUGGUGGAAAACAGGUUUGGCAGCAUCCACUACAGCUACCUCCUGGAUGUGCUGGAGAGGUCCCCGCAUAGGCCCAUCUUGCAGGCUGGGCUGCCCGCCAACACCACAGCCCUGGUGGGCAGCGAUGUGGAGUUCUUCUGCAAGGUCUACAGCGAUGCCCAGCCACACAUCCAGUGGCUGAAGCACAUUGAAGUGAAUGGCAGCAACUACGGCCCCGACGGGGUCCCCUAUGUGCAAGUGCUCAAGACUGCAGAUAUCAACAGCUCUGAGGUGGAGGUGCUGUACCUGCGCAAUGUGUCCAUGGAGGAUGCUGGCGAGUACACCUGCCUGGCAGGGAACUCUAUCGGCCUCUCCUACCAGUCUGCCUGGCUCACCGUCCUGCCAGAAGAGGAGCUGGUGCGGGAAGCUGAGGCCCCUGAGACCAAGUACACAGACAUUAUCAUCUACACCUCGGGCUCACUCGCCGUGGCCAUGGCCAUUAUUAUUGUGGUGCUGUGCCGGAUGCAGACUCAGUCAAGCAAGCAGCACCUGGAGCCUAUGGCAGUCCACAAGCUCUCCAAAUUCCCGCUCAUCCGACAGUUCUCCCUGGAUUCCAGCUCCUCUGGGAAGUCCAGCACAUCCCUGAUGCGGGUCACCCGUCUCUCCUCCAGCUGUGCCCCAAUGCUGGCUGGUGUCAUGGAGCUGGACCUGCCCCUUGACACCAAGUGGGAGUUCCCCCGAGACAAGCUGGUACUGGGGAAGCCCUUGGGGGAAGGCUGCUUUGGCCAGGUGGUGCGGGCAGAGGCUUAUGGCAUAGACAGAGACCAGCCAGACAGAGCCAUCACCGUGGCUGUCAAAAUGCUGAAAGACAACGCCACUGACAAGGACCUGGCUGAUCUCAUAUCCGAGAUGGAGAUGAUGAAGCUCAUGGACAAACACAAGAACAUAAUCAACCUCCUGGGGGUCUGCACACAGGAUGGGCCGCUGUACGUGAUUGUGGAGUUUGCUGCGAAGGGCAACCUGCGCGAGUACCUCCGUGCCCGCCGUCCCCCGACACCUGACUACACUUUUGAAGUCAUGACAAUGCCUGAGGAGCAGCUCUCUUUCAAGGAUCUGGUCUCCUGCGUCUACCAGGUGGCCCGUGGCAUGGAGUACCUGGAGUCCAAACGGUGCAUCCACCGUGACCUGGCUGCCCGCAAUGUGCUGGUGACAGCAGAGAGCGUGAUGAAAAUCGCUGACUUUGGCUUGGCCAGGGACGUUCACGACAUCGACUACUACAAGAAAACCAGCAACGGUCGCCUGCCAGUGAAGUGGAUGGCCCCCGAAGCCCUGUUUGACCGUGUCUACACCCACCAGAGCGAUGUGUGGUCCUUUGGGAUCCUGAUGUGGGAGAUCUUCACGCUGGGAGGCUCCCCAUACCCUGGCAUCCCUGUGGAGGAGCUGUUCAAGCUGCUCAAGGAGGGGCACCGCAUGGACCGGCCAUCCAACUGCACCCACGAGCUGUACAUGCUGAUGAGGGAGUGCUGGCACGCUGUGCCCUCACAGCGCCCCACCUUCAAGCAGCUUGUGGAGGGGCUGGACAAGAUCCUGGCAGCUGUUUCAGAGGAGUACCUGGACCUCUCCAUGCCCUUCGAGCAAUACUCGCCCUCCUGUGAGGACACUGCCAGCUCCUGCUCCUCUGAUGACUCCGUCUUCACCCAUGACCCACUGCCGCUGGCUCCCCACCUCUUCUCCUACCCCAGCGUGAGGACUUAAGGGAGGGCAGGGAAGGGUGAUGCUGAAGCCACCUCUGCCCUUGCAGGGAGAGGGUCCAGGUUCCCAAAAGUCCCUGCUUUGUCCAGGCUGAGCAGUGGGUGGGCAGGGCCCUGAGCCCAGGACAGGGUGUCCCUCUCUCUGGGCUCCUUUUGGGCACUGAGCCAUCAGCCCUGGCUGAGAUCUGCCUGGUAUUGUGGGACAGCAGGAGCUAGAACCUCUCCAUGUGGGCACUGCCUGGGAUGCCCAUGGCAUUGCCCAGGGAGAUGGGCUUUGGCCAGCACUUCAGUGGAAGUGUCUCUGGGCAAGGGCCCCACUGUGCCAGGCUCCUGCUGCAUCUGUACAUAGCCACAGAGAUGAAUAUUUAUGUACGUGAAAUUUCAACCUGAUAAAUUAUUUUUUUGGAGUA